GGGGAACACACAGCCAUAACGGAACAUUCCCAACCAACGCGGCUCUGAGACCACUGUCAGCGGGGGAACACACAGCCAUAACGGAACAUUCCCAACCAACGCGGCUCUGGGACCACUGUCAGCGGGGGGAACACACAGCCAUAACGGAACAUUCCCAACCAACGCGGCUCUGAGACCACUGUCAGCGGGGGGAACACACAGCCAUAACGGAACAUUCCCAACCAACGCGGCUCUGAGACCACUGUCAGCGGGGGCAACACACAGCCAUAACGGAACAUUCCCAACAUUCCUAACCAACGCGGCUCAGCAUACGCGUCCCUCUAUUGAUUUGAAUGUGUUGACAGUUGGAGAAAUAUCUCGAGCCGCAUUGAGAAGUAUGAAAGCCAAUGGUCCCAUAUUCUAGAAUACUGCUGUGCGUGCACAUUUUGGACUCUGAUAGAUGUGUGUGUGUGUAAGAGGCUGAGUAACCCGCGGUAACAGACAUGCCCAAACCUGAUCUACUGUGUUUGGUUCAACUACUGGACAACACUAUCCAGACCUUUACAGUCAACAAGCAGGAUGCAGGUGAGGUUUUGCUGGAGCAGGUGUGUAACCAGCUGGGUCUGCUGGAGAGACACUUCUUCAGUCUGCAGCUACGAGACUCCAACACCACCAUCGUCACUCAAACACACUCUCCUAGGUGGCUGGAGGCCAACAAACCACUGAAGAAGCAGCUGAAAGGAGUUGUCUCUCCAUUCUACCUGACCCUCCGAGUCCGAUUCUUCAUCUCAGACCCCAACUCUCUACAGCAUGACCAGACCAGACAUAUGUACUUCCUCCAGAUCAGAAGUGACAUCAGAGAGGGCAGGUUGAAGUGUCCUCUGAGUGCAGCUGUAGUACUGGCCUCCUAUGCUGUGCAGUCUGAGCUAGGCGACUACUCCCCAGACCUUCUCCCUGGUUACCUGUCCAAAAGCCACUUCCUCCCAGAGCAGGAUGAUGACUUCCUGUCUAGAGUGGAGGCUCUGUACCCAGGGCACAGGGGGCUGAAGCAGAGUGAGGCAGAGCUGUGUUUUCUCAACACAGCAAGAACUCUGGAGCUGUAUGGAGUGGAGCUACACACUGCCAUGGACUCCAACAGUUCCCCUCUAUUGGUGGGAUUGGCCUCAGGGGGCGUGGCUAUCUUCUGUAACAUGAUUUGCUCCAGUUUCUUCCCCUGGGUGAACAUCAUCAAGAUAUCCUUCAAGAGGAAACGCUUCCUUAUGCAGCUCAGACGCAAACAUGGGGAGACGCAGGACUGUGUGGUGAGCCUGGUCCUGCCGUGCCCCAGGGCCUGUAAGAACCUGUGGAGAUCAUGUGUGGACCAUCACUGCUUCUUCCACACCAACCUGGCAACCCGCAGCACACACCGCACCAACCUGGCAACCCAGAUACACAACAAGCUGCUCUCACAACACUGGGCCUUGGGCAACACUAAAACAGACAGUGGUCCAGUGUGUAAGAAAGUGAUGGGUGGGAUGGAGUGGAACCCAGCUCUGAGGGGAUCCACCUCGUCAGAACACCUGGAGACCAAGAGCCUACCGUCCAGAUCCCCCCCGCUCACACCCAACUGGCGGAGUCCUCGUGUGCGUCAUGGCGCCCGUAAACCCCGCCCCUCCUCAGUGGAGCUGAACAAUGACCUGCGAGACGUGUCAGAGGGGGAGGAUGUCUUUUACACCUACAGGGUCUCCCUCAGCAGCAGCAGGGGCAGCCAGGAGGGCACGCCUACACACAGCCAAGGAGGCGGAUGGUCGCAGGUUGAUGACAUCGGCACAGGAGAGGAAGACAUUAAGGCCACCUCUCACUACCGGGACAAGGUCAGUUACCCAGACAGACAAGGGUGUGAUCAUGUGUUUGUGAUAAAAUAUCUCAUCUGUGUGUGUUGCAGCGUGCUCUGGGGGAUGGCGACCUGCUAUUGGUGCGUCUCGCUCCUGAUCACGACGGAAAGUUUGGUUUCAAUGUCAAAGGUGGCGUGGACCAGAAGAUGUCCCUGGCCAUAUCCCAGGUCAACCCUGACUCCCCCUGCGGGGCGGGUUGAGCCCAGGUUGUUGGAAGGUGACCAGGUCGUGCUGAUCAACGGUCGCGACAUCUCUGAACACACGCAUGACCAGGUGGUCAUGUUUAUAAGAGCCAGCAGAGAGUCCCACUCCAGAGAGCUGGCUCUGCUUAUACGACGCAAAGGUCCAGGGCGUGUGGCACCCCUGCUGCAGUUUCCCUCUGCCCUGUCUCUGACUGGCCAAUCACACGGUGAGCCACUGCUUCUGCCUGGCCAAUCAGAACAAGGCCAGACACUUGAAGAGUCCAUGAAACAACUGGAGAGGGGAAUCCAGACAGGCACUCUCACCUUCCACUUCGAGAACCUGUACAUGAGGAAGCCUGGCCUGUCAGUAGCCUGCGCUCGUCUCCCUGAGAACACAGACAAGAACAGAUACAAGGACGUGCUGCCCUAUGACGUCUCCAGAGUGGUACUUCAGGACCAAGAGGACUACAUCAAUGCAAGCCACAUCACGGUGGUGCCCCCAGGGUCUGGUGUGUGUCUGCGCUACAUUGCAGCUCAAGGACCGCUGCCUCAGACCUGCACUCACUUCUGGCAGAGUGUGUGGGAGCAACACACACACACCAUCAUCAUGCUCACCACACUCACCGAGAGAGGACGGACUAAGUGCCACCAGUACUGGCCACACCCUCCUGAAGUGAGGGAUUAUGGGUACCUGAGGGUCAGCUGCCACUCUGAGGAAUGCAACCUGGCCUACGUCACACGCCAAUUCACCCUAACACACACACAGCUGGGAGAGGAGCGUUCGGUGACCCACCUGCAGUAUGUAGCAUGGCCAGACCAUGGUGUACCUGAUGACCCCUCAGACUUCUUGCUGUUCAUCACCUCUGUUAGAGAGAGGAGGACAGGAGACACACCACUUAUGGUGCACUGCAGCGCAGGGAUUGGGCGUACAGGUGUUCUCAUUACCAUGGAGACGGCGUUGUCGCUGUUGGAGAGCGGUCGACCUGUGUUCCCUCUGGACAUUAUCAGGAUGCUCCGAGACCAGAGGGCCAUGAUGAUCCAAACCACGUGUCAGUUCCGGUUUAUGUGUGAGGCCAUCCUGCGUGUCUACAGAGAGAGAGGAGAGCAUUCUGCAGCACCACCUUCAGCACUGCUAACGGACCAUUAACAGGAGGAUGGGGGGACAGCUAGCCACAAUGCUAGGCACAAUGCUAGGCUAACAGCUAGCCACAAUGCUAGGCUAACAGGAGGAUGGGGGGACAGCUAGCCACAAUGCUAGGCUAACAAGAGGUGGGGGGACAGCUAGCCACAAUGCUAGGCUAACAGGAGGUGGGGGGACAGCUAGCCCCAGCGCUAGGCUAACAGGAGAAGAGGACCGCUAGGCUGUAGCCUUAGAGAGCCAUAGCACUCCACUAGCCUUAAGUGCUCGGCAACGGCUAGCCUUCUGUUGCUACAGCACAUAACGAGCCAUAGUGCCGAAUGUGCUCAGCUAGUCCUAUCCUUAUGUUAGCCAUAGAGCACUGCUAGCAGGGAAGGACCAUGUACUGUAAAGGUCUUUUUAGUUUAUUUUUUAUUCUCUGGGACCAAAGUGCUACUGUAUGAGUGACUGAAGACUAUCUCAGUUCCUCCUGAGUGGCGGCUAUAGGAUUGACUGGUCUGUCUGUCUUGUUAGGAGAGUGUUGAGGCUUUCGGUGGAUUCACAGUAGAGAUUAACACUGCCAGAGCCACCACACACCACCCCCCGCUCCCACCUUCCCUAAAUUAUUGACACACUGAAUAAACACACUGACAUCUA